AGGUCGUGGCUCUUACCUUUCCCUGUGCUUGGGCUGCUUUUGGGCUUGUAGGUAUUACCUGCAAGGUGAGUUUGACCAGUGGUAUUCGUUGGAAAUUUAUCAUUUUGGGUACAUGUGGUUGUUUUAUCGGGGACAUCGCCGGUUCCUUCGUGGGCAGACUCCAGUUCCAACUCCAACAGUGGUGAGAACUUCGAUUGGCCAAAGAUGAAAGUCUGCUUCUUUGCUGGGGUGUACGGUCGCCUGGUUUUCUUUUGAGCGUAAUUCCAUUCCCCUAGGUGGGAGGUCUGCUGGUGUUGCAUCGGAAGAUAAGUAGCUUUUUCCCAGCUAGCAUUGGCCGCAUCUGGGGCUGAUUGAAUUUCUUUUCGCAGAUCCGGGUUAGACGUGCUUGGUUCUGAAACUUCUUCCAAUGGCGUCGCCUCCUGGUGGGACGGUGGUGGUGGUGGGGGUGUUGGGCAGCUCUGGAUGACGUGGCCGUAUUUACCACAGUGGAAACAAAUUUGCCUCAAGUCUUCAUACUCGAUGUUAUACGUUUUUCCAUCAAUUCUGAGUUUCCCUUUGAGGGGUUUGGACAGAUCCAAUUCGAUAGCGACUCUGGCGUAACGACCUCUUUCAGCGGUGAUUGUAUUUCUGUCGCCUUUAAUGAAUCUUCCCAUGGGCUUUGUGAUGUCCCUCAAUAGAGGUUCGUGAAAAUAUUUUAACGGGAGACCCGGUAUCCGAAUUCAAGUGGGUACUGCUGACAGAUUUUCGCCCGUGGGGUCAAAAUCUGGGGUCCAAGGGAGGACCGUGAUAUAGUGCUCCUUGAUUGACCAGGGGCCAUUAAGCAGGACAUGAUUGUAGUCCUCCACGUUUGAAGUCGGAACAUAUGGCAACCUUCGAUAACAUCCGAUGGGAAAACUUCCCCUUUUGGUUGCCACAUGUCCUUCAGACGUUUAUGAAGCAAAUAAUAAGGGAAUUCACGUCCUAAAGGUCUUACAGCCACUGUGUAGGUCAUGGCGCGAUUCAUCCUUCUUUGGACCGGGUUGGCAAAAUCAAUUGUAGAGAGGCCGUCGACCUCUCCGUAAGUGACUUCACCUUCCUCUGUUGUUACUGAUUCCAUGUGGAAUCCCUUGGAAUUUUUUGUUUGCUGACCCUGCAACAAAAUAUCCCUAAAGGAUUGGCCCCAAUUCGAUGGGCGUGUUUCCUUCGAUGUAACUCCAUUACUUGCUAGAGAGUUGGGUUGAGGUUCAUUUGUGGUGGGAUUGAUUGGUAUGGGGUUGUCUUUAUCAUAAUUCAAUGGUGGGGAAUCCACCAUCUCCAUUGUGGACCGGAGGAAAGGACUAUUUUGUUACCGUUGGUUUGCAGAGAGAAAGGCUUAGAGAGAGAGAGAGCUCCACCAGACCGAAAAAGAAAAAAAAGAAAGGCUAAAGGUGUGUUUGAUAAUAACCAUAUUAACUCCAAAGGAGAGGAAUGGAUUACCAGACACACAUGGUAGCCCAAAGGUUCUAUGGGCUUCUUCAGCCCAAAGGUUCUAGUAAAUUACAGUAUGAGUUAAUUGUAGCUUACUCAUUAUUAUUGUCCAGUUUAAAUUUUUAUUUCUAGUUUAAGUUGUACUAAAAGUGAAAUCUUAAAUUGAACAAUAAUUUUGUACAGUGACCUAUAAUUUAGUACGAAAUCGGAGAUUAAUAAUGGCAGAACAUGAACAUUUGGCCCAAAAAUUUGACGUGGCAGCAGUAGAACAGGACUCGUUUCUCAUUGCCCCUGCAAUGUGGACACCUGGAGUUUUAGACCAGUUUUCUAGUUCUACAUCAUCCCUUCAAAUUAUUUUCUUAACCAGUAGUAUUCAAACGAUUCUACCAUUUUCUUCAAAGAAACUUGAGAGACAGUUUGGAAAGCAAACAUGGGUCAAGGAGAAGAAGUGAAAACCAGAGAGUCUCCCAGUGUUGGGAUUCUGGAAAGAGGGGAAAUUUUCUUCUUUUACCGCCCUAAAGUGACCAAGAAGGAAGCUCACAGUCCGGCGGAUGUACAACGGUUGUACGUGGUUCUCCGACCUGAAUCCGGCGAAAAAUCCGUGGAAGAGAAGCAAGGAUCCGAUUCCGGCAAGGAAGGCAGUAAACUCGGCGAGUCUUCCGCCGAGGAAAACCCAACUCGUCCACGUCCCAAAAGCCACUACGAAGAAGGUGGGCACGGCGUCGAGAAAGUCGACAUUGAGAAGCAGCCGUUGCUGAGGUUUAUUGUAAUGGGGAAGAAAAGUCUCCCUGACCCGACCCGGCAGAGGGGCCGGCCUUACUGGGGCUUCGUCGAUUUGGUUACCACCAAAAUCGAUGAUGUGAAAGCUUCGUUGAAAGGGGAAGAAUAUGACACCAAAACCAGAGGACACCGUCAGACGGAGCCGGCGAGGGCGUUGGGUGAAGGCAUUUAUCGGAUCUUAAGGCAUAACCCGGGAAAGAGAAUGCAUACCCAUUUGGUUUACAAGCUUGAAUUCCCACCUGAGGAUGAGAAGAACGAAGCUCAGGAAUCUCUGAACGUUGAACGGGAAGGGUCGUUUAUUAUCCAGGUGAAGAACCCGGAUCAGGAAGGAAGUUCUGGGUUCGGUGGGCUGAAGAGAAAGCGGAGGGCGAGUUUCCCGGCGCAUUUGCAGGGCAACGUUGGUCACCGGAAGUUUACUCCGGCGGAUCCUCCUGAUUUCCUCAACUAUGAAGGGUGUGAGUUUCUUCUGAUUGCAGCAGCGGAUGAUGUGGAAGAGGAGUUGGGACUGGAGUUGAAAACAGAGGUGGAGAAUUCCCAUGAUCCGUCUUGUUCGGAUUUGGUCAGGACUUUUGGUGAAUUUGCUCCGGUCAAACCUCUUAUUGAAGGAACUUGGGCUUGAUGUCGUAAGUAGUAAUAACAUUUUGCUUUUUGCUAGUUUGAUUUGCUUGAUGUAAUAGACGACUGAUCAAUGACCUUCAGGGCUAACCUUUUUGUUGGAUGCUAGUAGUAGUCCUAGCUAUAUUGUGAAUAGUUUUGCUCAAUCUUAGGCGUUUUGUGGAUUUUGUUGUCUUGGUAGCCUUUGGUUAUCUUGCAUGUACUAAAUGAUGUAUUUUCAUGGAAAGGUUGUUAAGAAUACCACAACAAAAUCAGCCCUUAAUUGCGCAACAAUUGUCUCUUCUCUUAUUUAGCAUCGAGCUGUCUUUUUCUG